CCUGAACAACGCUCGGCACAUGUAAAGCCGAAUCUCAUGACGAUGGGCCAAAUGAUAUCCGGUGCUGCUAGUCGUGGUAACAGCUGUCUUGCUGUUCAUGGAGAUUCGGCGUUGUUAUCCGAAGCCUAUCGACGAACGGUUGCGCAGAACUUUCCCUCGGAUUUGGAUCUGUGUCAGGAUUUCAUCCGUCCAAGUCGUCUUGACACGGUGCUCAGUCUCCCUCCAUUGCCCAAAGAAAUUCAGGAAGCACAUUCAUGGAAUCCCGAUGAUCGAAGUUUUAAUAUUUUUAUUAAAGAAGAGGAUAAACUGACAUUUCAUCGGCAUCCGGUCGCACAAAGUACGGACGGCAUCCGUAGUAAGAUCGGUUACACACGCGGCUUUCAUGUAUUCGAAAUGACGUGGCCGAUGAGACAGCGCGGAACGCAUGCUGUGGUUGGCGUCGCAACGAAAGUUGCUCCUUUGCAUUCGAUGGGCUACUGCUCGUUGGUUGGUCUUACGGCCGAUUCAUGGGGAUGGGAUAUCGGUCGUAAUAAAUUAUAUCACAACGCAAAGAAAUGUCAUUCUUCCGUCACCUAUCCAGCAUCGCUGGUCACUGGUCAGAACUUUGUUGUUCCCGAUACAUUCCUAAUGAUUUUGGAUAUGGACGAAGGUACAUUAUGCUUUGGUACCCGUACCGAGUUUCUGGGAACUGCCUUUCAUGGUCUGAAGGGUAAGAAAUUGUAUCCUGUCAUCUCUGCCGUGUGGGGACAUUGCGAAAUAACCAUGUGCUAUCUUGGUGGCCUCGAUCGUAAGUAUAUUCAAUUAUUUGCGUUGCUUUUGAUAUUCAUUGAGGUUCUUAGAUGA